GAUUCACCUACUUUGGUACUGCUAUUUCUUAGAGCAGGACUCCGAGGACUGCCCUGUGCAUUUUUGAUCUGUUUAGAAAUAGAGAUACUGAGACGAGAGUACAAGCAAGUAGCAAGGAGGCCAGUUCAAGUAAUAUGGCGAGGCGAUGUGAAUUUGGAUUUCCUGCUUGCUUGGGCGAUAUCAAUGAUAUUAUUAUUGACAGCAAAACUUGCCUCAGUUAAGCUGCAUAAAUUUUAUUUGUAACAAGAUAGAGUCCAAAGCUCGCGAGAAAGAAAUGGUAAACAACAAGAAGUGGCUGUAUGAGGCACGGUAUAUCAUUGUGGCCUAAAUCAUACUGAUGUGUGAUUGAAAUUUUGGAGUUGGAGAAUAAACCAAUUUCAGCGGAAUUUGCAUUUGUAAGAGAUUAACGAGCGACUGGUGUUGUGUGACUGAUUCCCAUAGAGAUAGGAUAAUAAUCCUACCUCUAUGCUGAUUGCUAUGUUGAAUAGCGAUGAGCUGAACGCUGAACUGCUAGUAUUAAAGGGGCGUGGACAACCAGUAGCCUUUGCGGGCGUAAGCUGGGAAGGCGGCCAUUUACGUGGUCCAUGAAAAAGGUGGAAAGCUGUUAGCACAAGCUGUGCGCAAAAUGAAACCAAAAAGAAGCCGUCAAAAGCGAUCUGAAUCGCUAAAUUGAUUCGAGAAAUUUCCCAUCGAAUUCUCCUCGCCAUUUCUGUCUUGCAUAGAAGAACACAGUUAGAAAAACAAAACAAAUGCGAGCGCGAAAAGCAUGCUGGUUGCACAGGCCCCUUUAAAGUGUAUUUUCCUACCUGAAUUGUUUACUCGUCUAAUGGUUUUCUUAAUAAAGUUGUUUUCGUUGACACAUAUUCAAAUGUACCUCUCUUUAUCAGCUGCAGAAAAAUUGUUUUGCAGAAUAUGUGAACUUGCCCCUUAAGACUUUAAACUUAUUUAUUAAAAUUAUUUUAAUAAAGUAUCUAGAUUUGUAAGGUUUAUGAGACCAAAAUCUGGAAUAGUCUAAUUAGACUAUUUCAACUACAACAAAUAUAUCAUAUACAACUUAUAAUGUCACCUCUGCCCUCUUUUAUUGUGAAAUUUAGUUAUCACCAAUUUGCAUUUUUCCUCAGCUGUAGAGGCUUAUUACAAUUUGAUAUAGAUCUGUUUGAAAAGUCAGACCCCUAAAGCACGCCGUUAAGUAUAGGUUCAUUUUUCAAAAGAUAGACAUAAGUUUAGAAUUUGCUUUAUACUGAAUUUAAGAAAAAAAUCAUCUGCAAAAAAUAAACUUUGGUUCAUGGGCGUUUCCUAUUGAAUAAGGGCAUGGUCCUGUCCAUACAGCAGGACCAACAAUUUUUGGCUAGCUUAGCAACUGGUACGCAGUCAUUCCAUUGCUGAUUUGCAUUUCAGCAAAGCAACUUAACAGAGCAGGGACACCUACGUUCAGGUAUCAAGGCACCUGUUAAAUGACCAGGUACACGUAUUUAAACAUCGAAUGUUGGUUAUAUGUAAUCAGAUUCAUACAUUCCCAGCGUGUGUAAAAUGCUUAUUCUUGGGAUAUUAUAAGAUUUUCCUUGUGAACGUCUCCAUCGGCUGUUGUGUUGGAUGCUGAGUAGUAAAUUUUGCCGUUCCAUCAUUCUUCUAUGAAAGAAUAAUCUGAAAGAAGCAAGAUUUGGUUUGGAAGAAGAAAACAGCACCAAUUGAAGAACCAAAAAUCUUCAAAGCUACGAGCAGUAUAUAUUGUUUGAUAGAUGGCAAUGUAUUUGGCAAUGGAGCUGUUUGCAGUUACAAAGAUCCUUACAUUUGCAUUUGUUUUCCAAAGAACGAAAGCUACAAUCCACGGAAUCUUUGAAGUUGCUGCACACGAGAAAAUUUUCAAAGAAGCAUUGAUUAAGCUUAAUAUCAGUACUAUAAAUGCCUCUUCACACUUUGCACUAAACUUGAGUUUAAGCCAAUUUGUGGACAAGGGAAAUGACAUUGCAAAAGAGUUGAAUGGACAUGGAAGAAGCGGCAGAUAUGUCCUUAAUGACUUAAGCAAUGUCAAAAACCAGAUCUUCAGAGAAAUUUCGAAUCAUGCAAAAGGCAAUGAAAGAAUUCAUACAGAUAAUGCUUUUAGUGGCCUUGACCGGAUUACAAACCAUUUAUCUGAAGUUGACGACCUGGUAAAGUUGGUCAAUCUAUAUCCUCUCCCAUCUAAAGGAAUAUCCGUCGUAGUGGAUGACUCGCAAUUUGGACGUGCCUCGCUUACCCGCAUUGUUGAGAAAUGCGCAGAGUAUGGCCUAAAUAUUACAGGCAUGCAAAUGAUAAGCAAUGUCAAUAAGAGGACCAUAUUUGCCUUAAAUAUUCACAAAAGCAAUGUGCUUGUUGUUGAUGCUGAUGAAAAGAAAACGGUUAAAAUCGUUAACAUGGUAAAACACUUGGGCGUGGCAGGGUAUCGCGAGGAGUUGCAUUGGAUGAUGACCACACGAUCUACUGGACAACUCCACAGGCAAUGCAACUUGCUUCCUCACAUAUAUCGAUAUAUAGAUAACGUCCCUGUUUCCGUGUCUUCCGACUACAUCGUAGAGAAGAUUCAGCGACGAAACUUGGCUAGUCUAAAUCGGAAUCGCAAUGGCAUUGCAGGAAAGUAAGUGCAAUAAUGCAUUAGGAAUUUUUUGCGUUGACAGUGGUUGGCAAGAAGAAAUGAUAGUCAGGAUAUCCCAAAUUUUCUUAAAUUAAGUGGCUAGAUUGACUUUG